CUGAGAGAACUGAGUGUGCAAAAAAACUCCUAAACACGGAGAGACGAGCCACGGGAGGCACGCACAGGAAUUACGAGUCUUGUGCCAGUGCGAGUUUGGGCACAUGCGUGUUUUUGGACUAUUCAUAAGAUUAUUUCAGCCCUGUCCUUUGAAUUUGGUGGAAAACUGUUUUUGGGACGCGCUGGGGGACCAGUCUCUUUCUUUCUUUCUUUCUUUCUUUCCCCUCUUACAUCCACGUACGAGCGGUUAAUCUCGUGGACAGGAGUGAUCCAGUAGCUGAUAGAGUCGGUGGUACCUGAAGGAGACAGACACAGUGAGCGAGCGACCUAUAGACGGACAGAGAGAGAGAGAUGUACAUAGCGGUCCUGCUCUCCUCGUCUCUGUUUCUCCUGCAUGUGACCUGCACGUCUCAGAUUCACGGUCACCACGGGAGGAGAGUGUGUGUUGGAGAUGCCUGGAGUCGUCGCGUGUCUUACAGCACAGAGUCGUUUCUUCAGCCCGUACACAAACCCUACAUCACCAUGUGCCAAAACCACCGCAUGUGUAGCACAUACAAGACAAUCUACAGGGUUUCUUACAGGCAGGUGAGCAGAGCGGCUCCUAACUUACACAUUUACCCAGAAUGCUGUCCAGGAUGGCGACGCAUGCAUUCUCACAAUUGCAACCAAGCGGUGUGUGAGCAGUCUUGUGCAAACGGAGGCUCGUGUGAAAGACCUAAUCACUGUGCAUGUCCGAAAGGAUGGAUGGGACGAUAUUGUCAAACAGAUGUGGAUGAGUGUAAGGAAGGUCAUCAUCGCUGCUCACAGAAGUGUAUGAAUACGGUGGGGAGUUAUCGGUGUUUGUGUCAGGACGGAUUCAGUCUGGCUGAAGAUGAAAUAACGUGUUCAAGAAUUCCUGCUCCCUCCCCGUCUCCCGCCAGGCCUCCGAAAGCAGACGAUCGCUCAUCCAAAAGCCAUGCUGGUGGAGGUUUGGGAUUGGCAGAAAACGUUACCGAAGAAGUUCAGAUCCUUAAAAACAGAGUGGAGCUCCUCGAGCAGAAACUAGAGAUGGUUCUGGCUCCCUUCACCACACUCUUCCCCUUGGAUGGUGUGGGAGACACUAACAGCUUCCUGCCUGAGAGGACCAACUUCCUGUCACAUUCUCUGCAGCAACUAGACCGCAUCGACUCGCUCAGUGAGCAGGUCGGGUUCUUGGAGGAGCGGAUCGGAGCCUGUGCCUGCCAGGAAAACUAGAUGAACACUUAAAGAUGGGCUGGAUCCUCAAGUGAAACCAAUAUCUGAGAAGUCUAAACGAACAACUGCAGCACUGAUCAAAAGGCCCGAACCCUGUAAACAUGUUCAAUCCACUCAAAAAGCGUGUGGGGAAACACAAACUCCUGUUUGGGCAAAAUGGAGUUUUAUUGGUGCUUGGAUUGUUUCAUAAUGUUUUUCUAUGUAUUUCUUCCAUUUAAUUCUCGUGUAAGUGCAGCUGUAUGGUCUCUCCAUGUGUAAGUUUGAGUCAGGAGAAAUGUAAAUUUAUAUAUUUAUAAGUCCAUGUUCUUCUCCUGACUAUUGCUAUUGGGAAAACAAUACAAAAUUGUAUUUUCAUUUUUUGUAUCUUUUUUUAUGUUUCAGUUUUUGUAAUAAAAUUGUUUAAACUUUAAA